AGCCCUUCCUUUCCCCUCCCCUUAGUCCCGCAGACUGCCAACCCACGUAGCUAAUAGGUGGCCGGGCUCGCGCUUUCUCUUAUCUGAUUGGCUUAGAGUCUUGUAGCGUCUAGACAAACUCGCCGGGGAUUGGUCGAAUCUUCAGUUUUGAAAUUUCGGAGGUUUCGCCGCGCUGCGCGGCCCCAUUGCGUCUCCGAAGCGGUGAGCCCUGGAGACCCAGAGCCGAGAGUUUUGGGCCGGCGGGGGGCUCUGCUAGGGAGGCCGCCGGACUUGGAUCGGAGCAGCACUUAGCAGACGCGGUGCAGUCGACCAGCGCCACCAUGGGGUCGACAGCCCCAGGGCCCAUUCACCUGCUGGAGCUAUGCGACCAGAAGCUCAUGGAGUUCAUCUGCAAUGUGGACAAUAAGGACUUGGUGUGGCUGGAAGAGAUCAAGGAGGAGGCCGAGCGCAUGUUCACCAGAGAAUUUAAUAAGGAGCCUGAGCUGAUGCCCAAAACACCUUCUCAGAAGAACCGACGGAAGAAGAGACGGGUUUCCUAUGUUCAGGAUGAAAACAGAGACCCCAUCCGGAAAAGGUUGUCCCGCAGAAAAACCCGGAGCAGCCAGCUGAGCUCCCGCCACCUCCGCAGCAAGGACAAGGUGGAGAAGCUGGCCACGGUGGUGGGCGAGAACGGCUCUGUCCUGCGGCGGAUGACCCGCGCCGCGGCCGCAGCGGUAGCGGCCACCGCGGCGUCCGCUGCCCCCUCGUCCAGCCCCGAGUCUCCCACAGCGCUGACCAAGAAGCCCGCGAACAGCCUGGCCGAGGGCCAGCUGGUGCCGGUGGUGGAGAUCAGCGUCAGCGAGCGCGGUAGCGCCGAGCAGCACCUCCGCGGGAUCAAGUCUGCCCAGUCGCCUUCCGGGGCUCCCUCCCCUCCAGCCGCAGCUCCUGCCUCCCCUAGCAUCUCGAUGUCGGAAGAGGAAUCAACCCCCAAGAAACCAGAGGCCGGGAGACUGGAAUCUGUCACCGUGACCUCCCUAAAGGCCACACCCCAGGACCCCAAGGGCCGAGGGGUCGGAGCAGGCCGGUCAGCCUCCAAGCUCAGGAUCGCGCAGGCUUCUCUGGGCCCGCAGGACCUGUCGGGCUCUCCGGCGUCCCCAUGGCAGGAGCGGGUGCUGGCUCCCAUCCAGCCGGACAACUGCUCCACGCCCACGGGCACCCGCGUGGACCCGCAGUCAGUGCGGCGCAGCCUGAUCGCGCCGUCCUCCCCUGGCUGCCAGGUGUCGCUGGCCGAGAAGUACUCGCUGGUGGACCGGAAGGAGAAACCCGUCCGCAGGUCUAGCAGAAGGAUUGGCAAGAAAGCGGCGGAAGAGCCGGCCGCCUCGGCCCGCAUCAUCUGUCACAGUUACCUGGAGAGGCUCCUGAAUGUUGAGGUGCCCCAGAAAGUUGGCCCUGAGCAGAAGCCCGGCAAGGAGGCUGAGCCCGUGGAGGCAGCUGAACCGGAGGUCCUGAAGAACGCGCCCCGCAGUGCCACCAAGAUUGCCAUUAGCACACCUGGCUCGCGACCUGUGGCUGGUGGCCAGGAAACGCCCUCUGAAGGGCAGCAAGAGCCCAAGACUGACCAAGCAGAUGGCCCCAAGGAGCGCCCCCAGAGUGUCAGGAGGAAGCGCAGCUACAAGCAGGCGGUCAGUGAGCUGGAGGAGGAGCCGCAGCUGGAGGACGAGGAGCUGCAGGCCCCCAGGAGCAAGACCCCUUCCCCUCCCUGCCCUGCCAGCAAGGUGGUGCGGCCCCUCCGGACCUUCCUGCACACCGUGCAGAGGAACCAGAUGCUCAUGACCCCGACCUCGGCGCCCCGCAGCAGCGUCAUGAAAUCUUUCAUCAAGCGCAACACUCCCCUGCGCAUGGACCCUAAGUGCAGCUUCGUUGAGAAGGAGCGGCAGCGCCUCGAGAACCUGCGGCGGAAGGAGGAGGCCGAGCUGCUCCGCAGGCAGAAGGUGGAGGAAGACAAGCGGCGGCGGCUGGAGGAGGUGAAGCUGAAGCGCGAGGAGCGCCUCCGCAAGGUGCUGCAGGCCCGGGAACGGGUGGAGCAGAUGAAGGAGGAGAAGAAGAAGCAGAUUGAGCAGAAGUUUGCUCAGAUCGACGAGAAGACUGAGAAGGCCAAGGAGGAGCGGCUGGCUGAGGAGAAAGCCAGGAAGAAGGCAGCAGCCAAGAAGAUGGAGGAGGUGGAGGCGCGCCGGAAGCAGGAGGAGGAGGCGCGGCGGCUCCGGAGGCUCCAGCAGGAGGAGGAAGAGCGGCGGCACCAAGAGCUGCAGAAGAAGAAGGAGGAGGAGCAGGAGCGGCUGCGCAGGGCGGCCGAGGCCAAGAGGCUGGCGGAGCAGCGGGAGCAGCAGCGGGAGCAGGAGCGGCAGCUGGCCGAGCAGCGGGAGCAGGAGCGCCGGCGGGAGCAGGAGCGGCUCCAGGCCGAGAGGGAGCUGCAGGAGAGGGAGCGCGAGAAGGCGCUGCGGCUGCAGAAGGAGCGGCUGCAGAGGGAGCUCGAGGAGAAGAAAAAGAAGGAAGAGGAGCAGCGCCUGGCGGAGGAGCGGCUGCAGGAGGAGCAGCAGAGGAAAGCCAGGGCGGCGGCGGCGGCCAGCAAAGGCCUGAAUGUGACUGUGGAUGUGCAGUCUCCAGCUUGUACCUCCUAUCAGAUGACGCCACAGGGCCACAGGGCCCCCCCCAAGAUCAACCCAGAUAACUACGGGAUGGACCUGAAUAGCGACGACUCCACCGAUGACGAGGCCCAUCCCCGGAAGCCUAUCCCUACCUGGGCCAGAGGCACUCAGCUAAGCCAGGCCAUCAUCCACCAGUACUACCACCCACCGAACCUGCUCGAGCUCUUUGGAAGCAUCCUCCCUCUGGACUUGGAGGACAUCUUCAAAAAGAGCAAACCCCGCUACCACAAGCGCACCAGCUCUGCUGUCUGGAACUCGCCGCCCCUGCUUGGUGCCAGGGUCCCCAGCAGCCUGGCCUACAGCUUGAAGAAGUACUGAGGCCCCCGGGCCUGCUCAGCGGUCUCAGCCCCUGUGUGUGUGUCUACCUGUCCGCCCCUCUGUCGCUCGGUGCCAUCCUGCCUGGUGUUCUGUCUCGGGGGGUUGCCGUGUGUAUAUAAAUGUCCUCUGUGUGCUGCAGGCAGAACGGGGCCCAGGCCUGUUUGGAGGCUGCACUGGGUGGGGGGUUGGGGGAGAACCAGCCCAGCCCCGCCUGGCCUGCACACAGCACUCUGUAAAUAGGUUGGUAGAAUUCAGCGGAAUUUUAGCCUCUAGUGUUCGAGAGCUAGAAUAAUAAAGUGUGUUCCUUCAAGCCUGCUGUGGGUAUUGUGGGGAUGGGGGGCCUUGGCAGAAUGUCCCGGACCCUGGCCCUGCCGCCCCGUGUCUCAGGCCGCUGGUGGGCUGGGGGCCAAGGCAUUCUUUCUUCUCUGGGCUGUGCUUCCAGAUCAGCCGGGUCUCCCAUGUCAAGAUGCUGACGCAGUGGGUGAUUCUGAUUCUGUCCUUGGGCAAUGCUGAGACUCAAGUCAGUUACCUGCACGAUGGGGCAGGUGAAGCUA